CGGCCGCCUCGGGUUUCCGGAGGGGCCGGAGGGCGGGCGAGGGCGUCACGUGCGCGCCGCCCGCGGGCCGGUUGGUCCCCGAGCGGGGGAGGGGCCGUGCGCUGCCUGGGUCGGGGUCGGGCCAGGGUCGGCACCUGGGACAUCCCCGAGGGAAGGGCCGGGAGCAGGAGCGCCCCAGCGGCGGGCGGGCGAGCAGCAAGAAGUCGGCCCGGGGCGCGCGCCGAGGAAGCCCCGCCGAUCCCGGGUCCCCGGUCCUGGGGGCACCGCCCGCAGGCUCUGCGGGGUGGGCGGCUCCCGGGCCUGCCAUGAGCUCUCCGCCGCCUGCCCGCAGUGGCUUUUACCGCCAGGAGGUGACCAAGACGGCCUGGGAGGUGCGCGCCGUGUACCGGGACCUGCAGCCGGUGGGCUCGGGCGCCUAUGGCGCGGUGUGCUCGGCCGUGGACAGCCGCACCGGCGCCAAGGUGGCCAUCAAGAAGCUGUAUCGGCCCUUCCAGUCCGAGCUGUUCGCCAAGCGCGCCUACCGCGAGCUGCGCCUGCUCAAACACAUGCGUCACGAGAACGUGAUUGGGCUGCUGGACGUAUUCACUCCUGAUGAGACCCUGGAUGACUUCACAGACUUUUACCUGGUGAUGCCAUUCAUGGGCACCGACCUGGGCAAGCUCAUGAAACAUGAGAAGCUGGGCGAGGACCGGAUCCAGUUCCUCGUGUACCAGAUGCUGAAGGGGUUGAGGUAUAUCCAUGCUGCCGGCAUCAUCCACAGAGUGAGUCCUGGUGGAGGAGCCAGCCAUCAGCCCUCCCCCAGCGCAAUCCCCUGCCUCCACGUCCUACCUGACCUGAAGCCUGGCAACCUGGCUGUGAACGAAGACUGUGAGCUGAAGAUCCUGGACUUUGGCCUGGCCAGGCAGGCAGACAGUGAGAUGACUGGGUAUGUGGUGACCCGGUGGUACCGGGCACCCGAGGUCAUCUUGAAUUGGAUGCGCUACACGCAGACGGUGGACAUCUGGUCUGUGGGCUGCAUCAUGGCGGAGAUGAUCACAGGCAAGACGCUGUUCAAGGGCAGCGACCACCUGGACCAGCUGAAGGAGAUCAUGAAGGUGACAGGGACGCCUCCAGCUGAGUUUGUGCAGCGGCUGCAGAGUGAUGAGGCCAAGAACUACAUGAAGGGCCUCCCCGAGUUGGAGAAGAAGGAUUUUGCCUCCAUCCUGACCAAUGCAAGCCCUCUGGCUGUGAACCUCCUGGAGAAGAUGCUGGUGCUGGAUGCGGAGCAGCGGGUGACAGCAGCCGAGGCACUGGCCCAUCCCUACUUCGAGUCCCUGCACGACACAGAAGAUGAGCCCCAGGUCCAGAAGUAUGACGACUCCUUUGAUGACGUGGACCGCACGCUGGAUGAAUGGAAGCGUGUUACUUACAAAGAGGUGCUCAGCUUCAAGCCUCCCCGGCAGCUGGGAGCCAGGGUCUCCAAGGAGACGGCUCUGUGAAGAUCUCUGAGCUCCAGGGUGGCAGUGAGGACCACCUUCACCUUCCACCUGAGAGGGGACCCUCGUUGCCACCGUGACCUUGGCUGGGGCUUGCAUCCCAAGGCAUCCAUCGGAGCAGACCCCUGGGUUCCAUGGAUCCUCCUCCCCAUGCCCGUGCCUCUGCUCUCAGGCGCCCAUCCUGGAGGAGCACCUGAACUUUCUGGACAGGACCUCUGGCCGACCUGGGGAUGGCCUCUGAUGCCUGGAACCGGGGCCCCCUUGCCCGGUGCCCUCAGAAACUUCAGAGCUGGUGGGGCUCCAGGUCAGGCCCUGGCCUCUGAGCCCUGCCUGCUCUGGGCCAUGCGGAGGAAGAACAGAGGGUGGGCGCAGGGCACCAACUCAGGGACAUCCCCUCUCCUGGGCGACAUCAGUGGACCUUCCUGCACCCCCUGCCUGGAAUGUAAAUCAGCUGUGUGGCACCCACGUGGCUGGAAUGAAAUAGACCCUUUUGUAGCUCCCUG